AUGUCCGCUCUCCCGCCAUUCGAGGAAGUCCUCAGCAGCAAACCGGAACCGGGUAGCCCCCUCGCGCACACGCUCACGACUCUCUUCGAGGCCUCGCCCAUCCUUUUCUCUGAUCUGCUGCCCGGGGUUGUAUCCAAGUGGGAUGCAGGCCUGAAGGCAAGCUUCAUCGCAGGCCACCCGCGCAUUGGUGAAGUCAAGGGCCUGUCGCACCUCAGCUCGCAGGAGCAAGCUGCACGCGCGACGCCUCCUGAGGUCCUCGUGCGCCUCGCUCACCUGAAUGCGUGCUACGAGCACCGCUAUCCUGGCUUGCGAUAUAUCACAUUUGUGAAUGGGCGGUCGAGGUCGGCAAUCAAGGAUGAGAUGGAGGGCGUGCUGGGGUUCGAGCCGUCGCUCAGUCCAGACAAGCCCCUCUUGGAAGCGGCGGGCAGCAUCGAGGUCGGCAGCGAGGAGUGGAUUAGGGAGCUCGAGAGGGCGAUCGGUGACCUAGGAAAGAUCGCGCAGAGUAGGUUGCAGGCAGUAGGGGCUACGUAG